AUGCAAAAUCCUCUCUUUUAUCUUCCACCUCUCGUCAACCAUGCCAAGCAGGCGAAACCCUUUGGCGAGGAUAUUGUAGGUCACUUCAUCGGGCUCAAGCCCGUGAUUCUGCAUGUCUUUUGCGAAAUCCAGUGCUUCUUUCAGCGACCCAGUCACGCAAAGCCCAUGAAUCAGGAUAUUGUAACUGUAAGCAUCAGGCUCCAGCCCAUAUUUGUAAAUCUUGACGAAAAAAGAUUUUGCAAUAUCCACGAAUCCCAUCCGGCAAAAUCCCGACAUGAGGGUGUUGAACCAGAUGACAGAUGGCUCAGCCUCUCUUUCUUCAAUCUCACGCAGGAAUGCAAUGGCCUCGUUGAUUAG